AUGACCCGCUUACCAUAUCAUGGCCUGAUCGCAACUUUAUUGGUGGCCUCGCACGCCGCCGCCGCUCUUGACAUCCUCUCCUCAGGGGCAGAAGGGUCGUUCACCUUCUCUCUAACUGGCCCAGCCAACUACUCGGUACAGACAGAGGACUUCUCAACGGGAAUCUAUUAUGUGCCGCCGAUCAAUCAAUCUAGGCCUGUGGCCGAGUAUGCGCCAUCUGCUUUGAGCCAUCUCGUGGAGGCAGAGGCCUACAUCCCCUUCACCGUCUUUGUGACCAAUGCCAGUGUCGUGACCGGAGGAGUUCUCCGUGAGCUGGUGGCAGGGUACUCGGAAGACGAUGUCUUUACAUCCGACUUCUUGGAAGGGAUUGAGAUCAUAACGACUGCCGACAAUGCGACCUGGGACCAAUCGGCUACGGAUUACCUGGAGACUCUGGGACCGAUGCUGCUCCUCCUUCCGUCCACUGUGACCCCCAAAAACCUCAACGACUCGUCGUCUUCGUCAUUCACGACGGUCACCGUGCGCCCGAGGGUCGGCGUCACCCCUCCUGGACCAUACCUCGCAACUCUCACGCCCUCCGGCGCUUUGACGCUGCGCAAAGUCUACGGCAUGUUUUCUGACUACCAGGAGAGCUUCCUCAGUGGCGUCACCGAGAACGACGACGGCUCUUAUUCUUCGGUCAUGUUCUGGAAUACAGUGCAGUACGCGCCGCUGAUCCCCUUCCCUUCGAAGCUGUACUCGUCCCUGAUGGACCCGGAACGAUACCCUCUUGCCGGAAUGAGAUUCAGUCUGAAAGACCUCAUGCCCGUCCGAGGCAUCGUCCUCACUGGCGGCAGUCGUGCGUACGCCAAAUUGUAUGAUGCCCCAGCCAACGAGACCGCUCCGGCCAUCAAAAGGCUUCUCGACCUCGGCGCCGUCCUGGUGGGCAUGGCGAAGCUAUCGACCUUUGCCUAUGGCUCGUGGCCCUAUCAAAACAUGGAUUAUUCGUACUCCUGGAACAUCCGUGCGGAUGGCUGGCUGGGUCUUUCUGCAUCGAGUUUCGGCUCGGCCGCUGGCAUCGCUGCAUAUGAUCAGCUCGAUUUCUCGGUAGGGAGCGACACCACCGGAAGUGUACGGAACCCUGCCGACCGGGUCGGUGUUUAUGGCAUUCGACCAUCAUGGGGAGCCAUCGAUUUGACAAAAGUCAUCCCCAGCGCCACGUCCAUGGACACCCUGGGCGUGCUCGCCCGAUCUCCCAUGAUAUUGACCAAGGUCUUGGGAGCGUGGGAAGCUGUCGAAGACGGCCCACUGGAGAAAGGCAACUUCACUUUUCCCAAGAAAAUCAUCUUCCCGUCGGAAUUCUUCCCCGUCAACAACUCGGUCGCCCAGGAUGUCAUCGACACCUGGCUGGCGAACAUGACCGCAGCCUUGGGCAUGGAGAUCGAGCAACAGAACGUGACGACGCUCUUCCACGAGACGAUCAACCAGAAUGACACGCUCGCAACCUACACCUCGGAUUUUGGUUCCCUGACACGCUACGACAACUGGAACCUCUUCGGCGAGCAAUUCGUGGCGGACUAUCGGGAGCGCUUCGACAACCGCACCCCGGCGGCCGACAACCAAGUGCUCAUCGCCUGGCGGCAGGCCCGCACGUACCCAGACUACCGCAAGAAUUGGAACGAGGAUCGCAUGGCGACGUUCGGCAACUUUGUCAACGAAAAGGUCAUCCCGUACAACAACGAGACCUGCACCGAAGGCUUCUGGAUGUACCACAUUUCCGACACGGGAGGUGGUGUCCCCGAGUACCGCGACGUGUUGAACUACGACUACUUCCCACCCUUCCGCCCCAUGCGCGCCGCCUCGAUAGCCCCCUAUGCCAAGCUGGUGGAUGUGACGGUGCCUAUUGGCACCAUUACCUACGACAGUCUAAUAUCUCUGCGUGAGGAAGAACUCGUCAUCACUUUGAACUUUGUCGCCCACCGUGGCUGCGACGCCGUCCUUUUCCAGUUCUUGAACGCCUGCGAGGCCAAGGGGUUCUGCAAGCCGGUCAAAACGGGCAUCACGGCCUGGUAG